UUCACGUGUAUAACCUAACCUAAUAAUUCAAUAAUCAUUUUCUUGUGCAUUGCGAGAUAGGAAACUUCCAAGUUCCAAUGUUGUACAGUCAUUUCUAGUCAAAGUGGCCGGCUUUCCUUCCGUAUCACAUUAAUUCCCCUAUCCAGGCAAACCAAUAUAUAAAAGGCAGCGAAGUGUUUCUGCAUGAUUCCAUAACUCAUAAUAAUUACUUUCUCUCAACAUCUCAAACUCAACCCAAAAAGAAAACACUUUCUUUUGUGAUCAACAAACGUUAUUUUUUUCAUUGAGUUUCUGGGCACAACCGUUGACUCUUUAUUUUAUGAUGGAAGCGAUUUUGGAUAACUUCGGCGGCAUCUUGUUCAAAGUGGGAUUGUUCGUUCUUGUUCAAGCCCUUGUUUAUCUGAUUCUGUCUCAAUCUUCCUCGGUCUUCUCCAAGACACAAAGGUCUUUCAGUUUCAAGCCAGCUCGGUCGAUCAGCAUUCGCCGGAUGGCGGCGGCUCUGGCGGACAUGCCGGCCGGAGGAGAACCGUCUCCGACGACCGAAUCACCCGGAAGAUAUUUCGCCAGAGAGAAGUCAACUCUUCAGCGGUUUGAAUCAUUCAAUUGAUUAAAUAUGCUUGUUUUGUACGAAACCAACAGCUGUACAUAGAUGGAUUGUUUGAUUAGCCGAUUGUGUGUAUUAGUUUACUUCUUUUUUUUUCCCCCUUUUCUUUUUUCUUUUUAAAGAUUGGUGAUUGAAUUUGUUUGUUGGAUUCAAUAUUUCGGGAAUUCAACUGUUCUCUACAAAUAAUUGAUUUAUACAAAUCAUAUUUGAUUUUCAUCAGGGUUGAUUUUGUGGAUUGAUCAUGUUUUCUUUUAAUAACACACAUAGAAAAUUCUUCCAUCUACACUCUACAGCUCAAGAUUUAUUUAUUUUGAUAGAAAAAAAAUAGACUAGUAAAGAAUCUAACUCUGACAAGGUUACAGUACAAUGUUAUCAGUGUAGUGCAUCUAUAGAUUUUCGCCUCAUUCUAUGUGUAAAAAUAAAUUUAAAAAAAAAAAAAAACUAUGAAGUCUGAACAACUUUGACGGUCAUAGAAGUGGUCACUCCUAAAUUUUGUUAUAGUCAGUGAUUAAAAAUAUUGUACAAUGUUGUAGGUGAUAGAUAGUACGUAGUUGAUAUGAACACCAUAAACUGGGAAGUUGUUAAGCGCCCUAAUUUUUUCUUUUGAGCGCCUUAAAAAAUUAUAUUUUGAUCAUUUUACCUUUAUUAUUAUUACUUUUUUAAAAAAAAUUGUGACAAAGGCAUUUGCGCCAGCCGUUCAUGACUGGCGCAGGAGAAAGGCGCCACCCUUUAAACAAAGGGAGGCGAGAAAAUUUUGCUGUCCAAAAUGGGGGUGGGGCACAAAUCUGGCGCCA